CAAUCCUGUCUAAGUAUCUUAAGUAACUGCUAUGACCAAUGGCAAUGGGCAAUAUUAUGUCAAUACAUAGGUUUUUGAAUACCUGGUAAAAUAUUGGUUUGGUAUUAACUUUCUUCGGACCUCCGUUAUGUGAACCAACAGUGCAUUAAAUAUUUAUAUUUAAUUGUCUUGGCGCACGUUUGCAUAAGUACUGUUUGGAAACCACUUACUUUUCAACAUGGAUGACGAUGGUGAUGACAAAGAUGAUACCAAAAGGAGGACCCGUAAUUUAAGCGAGAAAAAACGAAGAGACCAGUUUAAUAUGCUUGUAAAUGAACUGGGUGUAAUGGUGUCUUCAAGUAAUAGAAAAAUGGAUAAAUCAACUGUGCUCAAAUCGACAAUAUCAUUCUUAAAGAAUCAUAAUGAAAUUACAGUAAGAUCCCGAGUUCAUGAUGUUCAGGAAGAUUGGAAACCACCAUUCCUUUCAAAUGAAGAAUUUACCUAUCUUGUAUUAGAGGCUUUGGAAGGUUUUCUUAUGGUUUUUUCAACAACUGGUCGAAUUUUUUAUGUUUCUGAAGGAAUUACAUCAUUGCUUGGACAUACACCGAGUGAUGUUAUAAACACAACCAUAUUUGACUUAGUGUUUGAAGAAGACAGGCCAAACCUCUACAAUAUGCUUCAAAAUACUGGAAAUCCAAUUGAUCCUAAUCAAGCCCUUACUGCAGAAAAUGAAAUUAAGUUUCAAUGUCAUCUACGACGGGGCACUUUGGAUUUUCGAGAUGAGAUUACCUACGAACUUGUGGAAUUCAGUGGUCACUUUCGUUCGAACAUGAAACAAGUUGAUGGAGAGGAAAUGUACCAGAUAGAUCCCCAUUCUAGGCUCCUUUUCGUGUGUACUGGCCGGCUCUACACGCCACAGCUCAUUCGUGACGUCACGCUCGUUGACUCCAGUAGGAGUGAGUUCACAUCCCGGCACAGUCUUGAGUGGAAAUUCCUGUUUCUCGAUCACCGUGCUCCGCCGAUAAUCGGAUAUUUGCCAUUUGAAGUGUUAGGCACUUCUGGCUAUGACUAUUACCAUUUUGAUGACUUGGAAAAGGUGAUCACCUGUCAUGAGGCGUUAAUGCAAAAGGGGGAGUUGACUUCAUGUUACUAUAGAUUCCUGACAAAGGGACAGCAAUGGAUCUGGCUCCAGACACGAUUCUAUAUCACAUACCAUCAAUGGAAUUCAAAGCCGGAGUUUGUUAUGUGCACGCAUAAAGUUGUUAGCUAUGCAGACAUACAAAAGAGUACAAAGCAAGAGACAGCUGAGGUUGUAGUGGCCAAGCCAACAGAUACGAGUCACUUGAAAGUCAAGGACACAUCAGAGGAGGCGAUACCAGCUAUGUCGCCGUCAUAUAUGUCUGAGACUAGUGAUGUCUACGGAAAUUCUUACCAUUCCCAUUCUAGGCCUGCGUCAGUAAAGUCUGCAUCAGCUGGUAGUACAAGUGGCACUUGUGGGUUACUCGGUAAAGCAAACACGGCAAGUACUUCGUGGUCAAUGGCGUCUAAUACUCGCUACUCGGGCGGAUAUGAGAAUAGUAUGGCGUCAGCUGAUUCCAGAUCUUCGCAUCAGUCAAGUUCUAGAGAGAGUAAAGAAACAUCGACCCACAUGGAAGACUCUCGUCCAGUGGGUGUAGAGUUCAACUCAAGUCGCGUUAGGAUGUUCCAGCAGCAACACAAGGCAGUUGAAGCCACAGUAGUACCACAACACGGAAUUGGUGCUCAAUACCUUGAACCAGCACCUUAUGUUGGUACUGUGAGCGUACCGGGAGUAGUACCUAUAUUGCCUUCAUUGCCAGUGAUUGUGUCAGAUCAAACACAAGUACAGUUGCCGUGGCAGGAGCAGCUCCAGCGCAAACACGAAGAGUUGCAGCAGAUGAUAGUGCGGCAGCAGGAGGAGUUGCGGCAGGUGAAGGAGCAACUGCUGCUGGCCAGGCUUGGUAUGCUCCAACCGCUUAUUAAUGUUCAGAAUCCCUACACCAAUGAGGAACCCCAGCAAAAUCAGCGGUUGCCAGCACAAAUAACAUACGAAGGUUCGACCAGCCGAAAUGUGACUUAUCCACCUAACCAUUCGCAACCACCACACUUGCCGCAUCACCCACAUAACCCCACCGAAUAAAUUGACCCCCAUGUCGCCUACUUCGCAGCCCGGAGCACCUUGAUCCUUGACAAAAAAUAUGCCGAAAGCAGAAGGAAUUCGUCUAAGAUAUUAGUAGCAUUUCAUUAAUCCUUUCAUAAAUUGUGCAUUUACGGAAUACGGUCCUUCGUUGUAGAUAUUAUUUUCCAAAUCCCUAUAUCCCCACUCUUAACCCUUAAGCCCCCCACCUCGCAGGCCGAGUGCGGCCCAGCGCACCGACAUAUAAACUAAAAAAAAAAUCCGCAAGUAAAAUGUUUCCAGCGCCAUGCGCACCUUGCAACCUUAACAUAUGGUAUCUGGGAGCGGACGUCAUUUGUUUUCGAAAGCAUUUCAACUUGUAUAGAUCUGUCAUUGCGGAAUUAUCUCCUUCUUCCUAUAGGGGAUGCGACUUAUUCUAUAAUAUAAUAAUUCAUAGGUGAUGAGGCACGUAAUCCCCUAGAGUCCACCAAAACGCGGCCCA